CCCGUGCCGCUGCGCCCGAGCCCCAGCGCCAUAAAAUCCCCUCACCCCGCACAGCAACCAACUCGAUCGCUUCGCCUGCUCUGCCCGUUUGAAUGUGAGAAAGAGAGGGAACUGACCACCCAAGCAGGCAGGCUGAGACGCUGAGUAUCCGCCGCCGGCCAUGCCGAGAUCCUCCUCCUCCUCCAGCUCCAAGCCCAUCCUCGGCAGGGCGAUGGCCAUCCUGGCGAUGCCGCUCACCCCGAUAUCCAAGGCCAAGGGCAACCUCCUCCUCUUCAAGAAGCGCGCCUCGUCCGCCGCCAGGCGUCACUGCUACAAGCCCUUCCGCCACUAUAACUACGCCUACGUCGGCGAGUACCAGUUCUCCCCCUCCCGCUCCUCCCCGCUCCUCCCCUGCCCGCCCCCCGGCGUCACGGCCUGGCGGAGGGCCGCCGCCAAGAAGCGUCGGGGCAGGGCCAGGAUGAUCCUCGCCUCCCUCUUCUGCGGCGGCGACGAGCUCGACGUCGCCGUGCUGGACGGCUUACCUCGAGCCGACGUCGACGCGCGGGAGUGGGAAGUGCUGGCCCCGGCUCUGGAGUGGGGACGUGACGAGGAGGCCUUUGCCUACGACGAGGAGGAGGAGGAGGAGGACUAUGCCGAGGAGGAGGGGGACGAGGAGGUGGACGGCCGGGCGGAGCGGUUCAUCGAGCGGUUCUACGAGGAGAUGAGGCUGCAGAGGCAGAGGUCUCUGGUCCAGCGUCUCCUCUAGGUCUUCCACCCGUUUUGCUCGUCCGUGUGGCGUCCGGUUGCUGCUGCUAGCCUGCUACUGCUUCCUUCUUGGGUAGAAUUAACUGUCGCUGCUGCUAUCUUAGCUGCUGUUUGGUCAAGUUCGUCUUCGUUUCUUGCAUCGUUCGUGUUACCGUUGUCUCGUCAGGUGUGGAUUUGUUACGGAGGUGAGAGUGUUAGAGGAGUCUGGGGAGAUCUUCGUCUCCCCUGCUGUAUCCAUUGUGUUGUGGUGUUGGUUUGUGCAGUGUUUGGAGUUGCGGUGAAUUUGCAUUGGCGCUA